ACACUUGACUGGACCUGCUGCUGUGCAGGGAUUCUCCUCAAGUGCGGUUUAUUCCAGUUUCCAAUCGCGUCCGGCGCGCACCAGGACGCACCAGCGAGCGAUCAGCUGGGCAGCGUUUCCCUCCCAGAAGGCAGGGCUGCGUUGAGGCACACUCACUCACUCUCUGCUUGGACUAUUCAACAGAGUUUGCUGUUUGCUCCAUUUUUAUUACUUUUUGUGUCCUGGCUGAUUUUGCGGACGAGAUGUUGGAGAUACUCGCUUUCCAAAAAUGAACACAGACUGCACCAAGCCCUCUGUUGCUCCCAAGCCAAGAUUUGUUUGUCACGCCAAGCUGUCCCCCCUUCUGUCUGCAGCCAGGGGUCCUAAACCUUCUAUAGCCCCAAAACCUAAAGUCACAUCAGAGGUAAAUGGCAGUCAGGGAGGAUGCAGUAAUGGCAGCCUGGUAACCUCAGAUGGUGAGGCUGAUGAGGAGCACAAGACAGAGAAUGGUCUAAACAAAGCAAUUAUAGACACAUUGCCAACGGAGGAACAAUUUAACACCUACAUCCUCAAAUCACCACAAACAGAUUCACCAUCGGGGUCACAUGGGCUGGAGGACAGAGAUGUGACAGAGGAGGAAAAAGAUGAAGAUAUGAUUCUGAAGAUGGAUGAGGACUGGAGAUUAACUGACAGUGCUGUGACAGAGGAACCUGAUUCCCUGGAAACACUUUGGAUCAGUGAUGCUAGACCCACGGCUGACUCGGAAGAGGCAGUGGAGAUGAUUGACACAGACGUGACGGAGGACAUGGAUGCUGAAGGUUGCGAUGCAGGUGAGGCGCUGGCCGACACAGAUGGCAUCUCUGUGGGAGACUUUUCUGUUAACAGCAUCGAUGAGGAGGCAGGCUGUUAUUCUGCUGAAAGUCGAGACCUGAACAAGAAGCAGCGCCAAAUUGAAGAGGAUGCAAAUACAGCAGACGAUCUAACUGAGUCUUGUACAGAUGAACCUGAUGUCCUGGGUGAAGAAACCACAACUGAGGCUGAUGACAAGUGUGUUUUUCUAGCAGAAGAUGAAGAGAAAGUAGAACCAGUCUCUGACUGUGGUUUCACUUGUAACAUCCUAAAGCUGAGGUGUAGCCCUAAGAUUAAAGAAAAAGGUGAAAACCAAGGGGACACCCAAUUUUAUGGCUUCACUCCUGACGACCAGAAACAGAUCUCUGGUGCAGCUAAGAGACACACUGGCUUAGAAGGUGAUCCAGGUUAUGAGCCGUUUUACAUCUCUUCGGAGGACAUUAUAAACCGAGACUUGAUGCCAAGGAAAGACAAAACUUGUGGACCACUGGAGAGUGCACUCACACAAAGUACUGUUUCUUCUUUAAACAGCCAUGGAGUAUCAGCCAGGAAAUAUGAGGAAACAGCCGAAAAUAUACAAACGGAGUGUUUGGGUUCUCAGGAUUACAUUAACAACACUCAUGAAAACAAGGUAAGGAUAUGUCCGAAAAGGAUGCCUGUCAAAACUGAAGAGCAUAAUUCUCAUGCAGUGGGAGACGUAUUAAAUCAAUUGUACUUCCAGCCGAGGUUCAGGCAGGUAUCCAUCUCAGUGCCAACAGACGCCGAUACCUCACUGACCUCUUCAUGCUCAGGAAGCCAGCUCCUGUCCCCAAACGACUCUGACGUCUUCAGAGAAGACGAUGACUCGGAGGGCCACAUUGCGCCCUUUCUGGAUGACACCACUGACACCGAGCAGGACAUCAGUGAUGAGCAUCUAUACGAAGAGCCAGGGAAAAGUUUGUAUGCGGAAAAUGGUUUUCUCUUUGAUAGGAAAGUGACUGGGAUUCGAUCCCACUCUUUGUCACACCGCAUUACUAAUAAAGUGGAGGACAUGGGAGUGCAGUUUCUUCAGAAGCCCUACACGAGUGGAUUUGGACAACCUGCAAUGAGCAGCAGCCCCAUGUUAAACUCAACACGGCACAAAAGUUACUCAAAACCCCAUUAUUUGUCCCUGUACCCCCGUUCCCUGUCCAUGGAGGGGCAAGACUCAUCUCUGUGUGUCUACAGGGAAGGAUCUCCUAGACAGAGAGGUGCCCUUUGUUCAUCUGAAAGCUUCUCCAGGCGCUCCCCUCUCUCAUCCAGUGCCCUAUCCACACCUACAUCUGCAGUGGAUAUCCCUCCUCCAUUUGAGCUGGCCUACAUCACUAAGAGGCCCAUUACAAAGAGUUCUCCUUCCCUUCUCAUUGAAGGAGACUCAUCAGAGAAAAACAGGAAAAAGAAGUCCUCCCUUAAGCGCUUUCUUAUGCUUAAAUUUAGGCGGAAGACAGAAAACAAGCCCGCGGUCGAUGUCAAACCAUCGUUCUUUAAGCCCUCAGCAGAGUCCAGCCACCGUACGCCCAGCAGACUGCUGGAUUUAGAUAGAAGCAGCAUAAACAGCUCUCCGCAGCUGAACUCACGCUCAGUCAGCAAACUACAAGUUUCACCUGAGCCGGGCUCUCCCUUUCUGUUCUACAAGGAAAGCAGAAGGAAAGGGAACACUGUGGCCUUCCUCAAUCGCAGCGUUGUCCGGGUGGAGUCCUUCGAGGAUCGUUCUCGUGUGCCUUUCACUCCUCUCCCCCUGACCAAGCCUCGGUCCAUCUCCGUCCCCAACACAGAUACCUCUGACUACGAGAAUGUUCCUGCCAUCAGUUCAGACUACGAGAACCUUCAGGUGCCGCAGCGGAGGCCUGUUCGGCAGAUACCUCUCACAGACUUCUUUGUCCGUCCCAGUCGAGUGCUGUCUGCUGCCAAUGAGACAGAUGGUUAUGUGGACAUGAGCAGCCUCCCCGGGUUUGAGAAAAAAACUCAGUCACUUGAACAGGAAACAGAAAGUGCCUAUACAGAAGCAUACAACGUGUGUGUGUUGGCAGCUGGUCCACAGGUUAAUCCAGUGGGUGAAGAUGGGAGAAAGACAAUGGGUGAAGAAGACCAAGGACGCACCUCUGAGGAGGAAGAGGGAGUGACAGAAAACAACUAUGACAGACAGCCUGACGGUCGAUCCAGAGCCUUUUACAUCGUCAAAGAGCUGGUGGAUUCAGAGAGAACACAUGUUAAGGCCCUCAAGGUGCUCCAGGAAGACUUUCGCGAGGCCGUUCGGUCGACAGUAGGAGAUCAAGGGGAACCUGCGCUGGAUGAUGAGAGACUUCGAGAGAUUCUUAAUGAGCUUCCUGAUGUUUACACCCUGCACCGCACGAUCCUUGCUGAGCUAGAGAAUCGAAUCCAACACUGGGAGGACAGCCAAACGAUUGCAGAUAUAUUCCUGAGCAGGAAAGCAGAGUUUUUGGUCUUUACCACCUACAUCGGCCACUACGAUCGGAGCAUGAGUUUACUGGAGGACAGCUGCCGAACGUCGCCCGCCUUUGCGGAGAUUGUUCAACGUUUUGAGGAGAAAAAUCCAGCUGGGGAAAAUGCCUCCUUUAAACAUCAGCUUCUGCGGGUCAUCGUGCGUGUGGCUCAGUAUCGAAUGCUCCUCACAGAUUACUUGAACAAUCUCUCUCCAGAUUCCAAGGAAUAUGAAGACACUCAGGCUGCCGUAGUAAUCAUGUCUGACAUCGCAGAUCAAGUGAAUGACAGCCUAAAACACGGGGAGAACUUGUUGCGUCUGGUCAACAUAGAGUACAGUGUGCGUGGCCAGCGGGACUUGCUUCAGCCUGGCAGGAUUUUUGUGAAGGAGGGCACGCUGAUGAAGGUCAGCAGGAAGAGUCGACAGCCCCGCCAUCUGUUUUUGAUGAAUGACGUGCUUCUUUACACCUACCCUCAGCAGGAUGGGAAAUAUAGACUGAAAAACACUUUGCCCCUCACUGGGCUGAAGGUCAGUAAACCCAUUAUUGAAAAUGUCCAAAAUGCACUGAAGAUAGAGGCAACAGACAUCUCCAUCACUUUGUCUGCAAGUUCCUUUUUUGAAAGAGAGGACUGGUUUUAUACUCUUAAUCGUGCUGUGACUGAGCAUAUGAGAGGCUCUGUGACAUUCAGCAGCUGCUCUGGAGAGGCCAGAGAUCGCCUCCGGCUGACUCUAGGAGAGAAGGCUCCCACACUCGUUCCUGUCUCACAAGUGAUGAUGUGCAUGAACUGCACCUCGGAUUUUAGUCUCACUCUUCGCAGACACCACUGCCAUGGCUGUGGACGGAUUGUUUGUCGGAGCUGCUCCAGGAACAGAUACCCUCUGAAAUACAUGAAAGAUCGCAUGGCCAAAGUGUGCGAUCACUGUUACAAUGAGCUAAAGAAGAGAGGUGGAGACGCCGCUGUGAUGUCAGGGCAGACUAGCCCUCGGUCAAACCGCUCCAGUCGUCCGCUCUCCACCGUGUUCCAGAACAUUCAUCCUCCCAAUAUUUGGAGACAUCGGAAAGGCACUGCAUCCUUCGCACAGGUGACAGUGUCAGAGGAAGGCUCAAUCAGUGGCAGUCUACAGCGAAGCAAGAAGAGCAAAAGGAACUGGAAAAGACUGUGGUUCCUCCUAAAAGACAAGGUGCUUUACACCUACAGAGCCCAAGAGGAGAAGGUAGCGUCAGAGAGUUUACCUCUGUUGGGUUUCACAGUGAGGCUGCCUGACAAGCAGAGGGCAGAUGAAGAGGCCAAUGUCUUCCAGCUGUACCACAAAAACACUUUGUACUACACUUUCAAAGCUGAAGAUAACAACACAGCCCAGAGAUGGGCAAACGCCAUGGAGGAAGCCACAGUUUUAUAGAAUAAGCUGAAAGAAAAGUCUGCUGCCUUUCUCUUUCUACACACUUGUGCCCCUCAAAAAACUUCUGACUGUGAAACCACAGUGAAGAGGAACAAACGCUGUUUUAUUACUGCAGGUCUACAAGUUAUAACUUGCCAGCUGGACUGAAGAAAAGAAGACAUUGUGUUCUUUGAGAAGGGACAUGAUCACCUACUUUGUCAACCUCCAAGUGUCCCCUGCCUGCUGGUACAGCAGGUGUGAUGCUGAGAACCACGAGUUGCAUUGGCCCAGAUACCUGACAGUGUGGAACAUUAAAAUGAUGUGACCUGUAUUUCCCCCAGCAGCUGAUCAGCAUCACUUGUGGUGAAAUGCUGUCGAUUAUUUCCAAGUUUUAUUAUUAACAAUAUUUUGGAUAUGUUGAAUAUUUCAGAAGAAGCUGAAGCGAUUAUAACACCUGUCAGCAUAACUCAGAAAUGGCCUCAUCUUUAGUCAAACGUGCAUUAUUUAUGCCUUAUGUUCAACAUGUGUUCUUGCACUGGAUCUCCAUAAAUAUGCUCUGAAGCACAGGCUGCAUCAAAUAAGGAGUAACUUUAGAUGUAUAAUAGUGUCUAUUGCUUUGCCAUGUACUGUAUUGUGGAGAUGAUGAAUGAGUAGUUUCUAUGCCUUUUGCACUGAUUUGAAAAAGAAAUGAUUGUACAAAUGAGUGUACAUUCAUUAUUGGGACCAAAAGGUUCAACUACUGUACUUAAUAUACUAGCUACUGGAAAAAUGUGGAAAACUAUGUCUUUAAUAUUUUAAAUCCCUAUAAUAAGUAUAUUAUAAAUCCAUGUUUGUAUAAGACUCAUCGAGCUGGAGCGGAUCUGCAGACGUGGACUGAAACAUAAAUCACUGAUUGCACUGAUCUACAUAAUCAGUGUUUUGGACUUUGUACUGUACUAAAUGUUUUCUUAUGUUUAUUUACAAGACAGUAAUUUUAAAACAAAGUAAAAGAUACUAUAUGAUGAUA